AUGGUGACAUCAGAGCGUGAGACUGGGCCUGAGCAUGGGAGGCAGAAAGGGGGUACCGUUUGGAAGAACCUGUCCAAAUACACCUCCAUCUUCCUUGUGCUGGCCCUGUCAGGAAUCAUCUUCCUGUUGCGCAACAUUCACACUCUUGAGGUGAGGAGGGGAAGGGGGAAAAGGUAUGUUUGUUGGAGUUGGUCUAGUAAGGGUUGGGGGGGGGGAUUUACGUUCACUUGGUUGGGAGGGAGGGUUCAGAUUGGAGGGAGAGGGGUUCGGACAAAGCAUUCUGAAAGAUCACCACAACUCUUUCUAUUUUUUAAGUGCUGAGGGGUUUCAGUUGUUUUUUUCAGCUGGUCAUAGAGCAACUCUAGCUCUAAUGUGGAGCAGAGAGAGAGAGAAAAAAAAAGGUUGUUUUCCUUGUAUGAAAACAUCCAGUCAAGCUCAGCGUGUCCCUUCCUUUUCACUACCUCCUCUAUUGCUUCUUACCUCCUUUUUCGCCUUUGUGAUGACUUUGUUGUUCAUCAUUAGCAAUCAUAUUGAGGACAAUGUCAACAAAAUGGAACAGCAAUAGGCCUAUAAGCUGAACAAUGAACAACCACCUCAGCAGUGAGAUGUGCUUUGAUGUUUCUUCCUUUCUCCCACAUUUCUUUAAUCACCAUCCUCCAUUACUACCCUCCCUCUUGGUGACCUUUCCUCUUCUCUUCAGCAGAAGCUAAACUGCCAAACAGUGUCGACACUCUACCAGUUCCAGAGCAGCAUCCAUUCAGCCUUCAACCCAGAGGAACCUCCUCCACUGGAUCACAACCGGAGCUACUGUGGCCACCUGGGCCUGGAGCCCUCAGCCGAGGAGGCUCUGGAGGAGCGUUACCUCCUGGAGUCCAUCGCCUGGCCAGAGCCUCAGCCUCGGCCGACGCCUAGACCCCUGCGGCAGACCAGCGACCCUGCACACAGCCUGUUUGCAAUCCUGCCAGGAGAAGGUGGGAGAGAGUGGCGUGUGGGGGAUCAGCUUGAGGCGCUAGUCCAUAUGCAUGACUUCCAGGGGCGUCCCAAGCGUCACGGUGGGGACUUCCUGCUGGCCCGGCUGCAUUCCCCAGAGUUGGGGGCGGGUGUUGCAGGACAGGUGCUGGACCACCGGAAUGGGCUCUACUCAGCUGUGUUCCCGUUACUAUGGGAGGGGUCUGUACGGGUAGAGGUGACACUGGUCCAUUCUAGUGAGGCAGUUGCUGUGCUGCGUCGGUUACGAGAGGAACGUCCCGACCGCGUCUUCUUCAAGAGUCUGUUCCGCUCUGGAUUCCUGUCUGAGACCACCAUGUGUAACCUGUGCCUGCCAACCACCCAGCAGCCGCUGUGCAAUUACACAGACCCCCACACAGGUGAACCCUGGUACUGCUACAAGCCCAAGCUGCUGAGCUGUGACACGCGGAUCAACCACGCCAAAGGAGGCUACCAAAAACACCUGCUCACCAACAAAGAGUCGCUGCUCUUCCAGAGGUUAGUGAGUGAUAGAUAAGAGUAUGUGUGAAGACCGUAUGUUAGGCCUAUGUAGUAGUUGUGCCUUUGCUAGUAACAUGUACAAUUACAAGGUUUGUUUCAGGUGUAUGAUAUUUUUUAGCUGCAACAUUUUUACACAAAAUAAGUCUCUUUGAUUUUUCUCAGCGGUGUAAACAUCAAAGUCCGUAUUCAUGCUUCAGGGUCUGACAGUGUCAUUGUGGAGCCUGAGAAGAAAGGUAAGACAGCAAGGGGAUGCUACACACAUGCUAGUGUGCAUCCGUGUGCUUGUUUGUAGGGUGGGAGGUUUAGGAUUUGUUGGAAAGUGUAAUGAAAAACCAGCAUACCAAGUGGGUGCAUAUAAAAGACCUGCACCAGAACAGAGCCCUGGGAACCCCUUGUGUGACUAUCCAAGCUGACUAUUGACAGACAAGUUGUAACCCAGGGCUAAGUUCUGGGACACUGUUGUUUUUGAUCUGCAUGCUAUCACAUGGUAUGCUUAAGCAAUAAGGCCAGAGGGGGUGUGGUAUAUGGCCAAUAUACCAUGGCUAAGGACUGUUCUUCAGCUUUACAUUUACGUCAUUUAGCAGAAGCUCUUAUCCAGAGCGACUUACAAAUUGAUGAUGCAACACGGAGUGCCUGGAUACAGCACUUAGCCAUGGUAUAUUGGCCAUAUACCACAAACCCCCGAGGUGCCUUAUUGCUAUUAUAAACUGGUUACCAACGUAAUUAGAGCAGUAAAAAUACAUGAUUUGUCAUACCUGUGGUAUACGGUCUGAUAUACCACAGCUGUCAGCCAAUCAGCAUUCAGUGCUCGAACCACCCAGUUUAUAAUCAACAUUUUGUACUGGAUUUGUGUGUAUGCAGUAUUUGUGUGUUUAAAAAAAAAAUCAACUUACAGUCCCUUCAGAAAGUAUUCACACCCCUUGACUUUUUCCACAUAUUGUUGUGUUACAGCCUAAAUUUAAAAUGGAUUAAAAUGAGAUUAUUUGUCACUGGCCUACAUACAAUAAUGUCGAAGUGGAAUUUUUUGAAAUGUCUACAAAAAAUAAAUAAAUCAAAAGCUGAAAUGUCUUGAGUCAAUAAGUAUUCAACCCCUUUGUUAUGGAAAGCCUAAAUAAGUUCUGGAGUAAAAAUUGGCUUAACAACUCGCAUAAUACGUUACAUGGACUCACUCUGUGUGCAAUAAUAGUGUUUAACAUGAUUUUUUGAAUGACUAUCUCAUCUUUGUACCCCACACAUACAAUUAUCUUUAACGUCUUCUCAGUCGAGCAGUGUAUUUCAAACACAGAUUCAACCACAAAGACCAGGAAGGUUUUCCAAUUCCUCGCAAAGAGGAGUAUCUAUUGGUAGAUGGGUAAAAAAAAAAAAGCAGACAUUGAAAAUCCCUUUGAGCAUGGUGAAGUUAUUAAUUACACUUUAGAGAUGGUGUAUCAAUACACCCAGUCACUACAAAGAAAGGUGUCCUUCCUAACUCAGUUGCCCUGAGAGGAAGGAAACCACUUGAGGAUUUCACAAUGAGGCCAAUGGUGACUUCAAAACAGUUAUAGAGUUAAAUGGCUGUGAUAGGAGAGAACUGAGGAUAACGGAGUGAAAAGAAGGAAGCAUGUACAGAAUAAAAAAUAUUCCAAAACAUGCAUCCAGUUUGAAACAAGGCACUAAAGUAAUACUGCAAAAAACAUGGCAAAGCAAUACACUUUUUGUCCUGAAUACAAAGUGUUAUGUUUGAGGCAAAUCCACUACAACAAAUUACUGAGUACCCCUCUUCAUAUUUUCAAGCAUAGUGGUGGCUGCUACAUGUUAUGGGUAUGCUUGGAGAGUUAAAGGAUAAAAAAGAAACUGAAUGGAGCUAAGCACAGGCAAAAUCCUAGAGCUGGUUCAGCCUUCCUAAAGCUGGUUCAGCCUUCUUUCCACCAGACACUGGGAGAGGAAUUCACCUUUCAGUAGGACAAUAACCUAAAACAAGGCCAAAUCUACCCUGGAGUUGCUUACCAAGAAGACAGUGAAUGUUCACAAGUGGGCGAGUUAUAGUUUUGACUUAAAUCUACUUGGAAAUCUAUGGCAAGACCUGUAAAUGGUUGUCUAGCAAUGAUCAACAACCAAUCAAAUGUUUUAAAGAAUAAUCUGCAAAUAUUGUACAAUCCAGGUGUGCAAAGCUCUUAUGCAAAGCUCUUAGAGAGCAACCCCUAUUACUAGCCUGUUCAACCUCUCUUUCAUAACGUCUGAGAUCCCCAGAGAUUGGAAAGCCGCCGCGGUCAUCCCCCUCUUCAAAGGGGGUGACACUCUAGAUCCAAACUGUUACAGACCCAUAUCCAUCCUGCCCUGCCUUUCAAAAGUUUUUGAAAGCCAAGUUAACAAACAGAUCACCGACCAUUUCGAAUCCCACCGUACCUUCUCCGCUAUGCAAUCCGGUUUCCGAGCUGGUCAUGGGUGCACUUCAGCCACGCUCAAGGUCCUAAACGAUAUUAUAACCGCGAUCGAUAAUAGACAGUACUGUGCAGCCGUUUUCAUUGACCUGGCCAAGGCUUUCGACUCUGUCAACCACCGCAUUCUUAUUGGCAGACUAAAUAGCCUUGGUUUCUCAAAUGACUGCCUCGCCUGGUUCACCAACUACUUCUCAGAUAGAGUUCAAUGUGUGAAAUCGGAGGGCCUGUUGUCUGGACCUAUGGCAGUCUCUAUGGGGGUGCCACAGGGUUCAAUUCUUGGGCCGACUCUUUUCUCUGUGUAUAUCAAUGAUGUCGCUCUUGCUGCUGGUGACUCUCAGAUCCACCUCUACGCAGACGACACCAUUUUGUAUACAUCUGGCCCUUCAUUGGACACUGUGUUAACAAACCUCCAAACGAGCUUCAAUGCCAUACAACACUCCUUCAGUAGCCUCCAACUGCUCUUAAACACUAGUAAAACUAAAUGCAUGCUCUUCAACCGAACGCUGCUUGCACCCGCCCACCCGACUAGAAUCACUACUCUCGACGGGUCUGACCUAGAGUAUGUGGACAACUACAAAUACCUAGGUGUCUGGUUAGACUGUAAACUCUCCUUCCAGACUCACAUUAAGAAUCUCCAAUCCAAAGUUAAAUCUAGAAUCGGUUUCCUAUUUCGCAACAAAGCCUCCUUCACUCAUGCUGCCAAACAUGCCCUCGUAAAACUGACUAUCCUACCGAUCCUUGACUUCGGCGAUGUCUUUUACAAAAUAGCCUCCAACACUCUACUCAGCAAAUUGGAUGUAGUCUAUCACAGUGCCAUCCGUUUUGUCUCCAAAGCCCCAUACACUACCCACCACUGUGACCUGUACGCUCUUGUUGGCUGGUCCUCACUACAUGUUCGUCGUCAAACCCACUGGCUCCAGGCCAUCUAUAAAUCACUGCUAGGCAAAUCCCCGCCUUAUCUUAGCUCAUUGGUCACCAUAGCAACACCCACCCGUAGUAUGCGCUCCAGCAGGUAUAUCUCACUGGUCAUCCCCAAAGCCAACACCUCCUUUGGCCGCCAUUCCUUCCAGUUCUCUGCUGCCAAUGACUGGAACAAAUUGCAAAAAUCUCUGAAGCUGGAGACACUUAUCUCCCUCACUAACUUUAAGCAUCAGUUGUCAGAGCACCUUACCGAUCACUGCACCUGUACACAGCCCAUCUGAAAUUAGCCCGCCCAACUACCUCAUCCCUAUAUUGUUAUUUAUUUUGCUCAUUUGUACCCCAGUAUCUCUAUUUGCACAUCAUCUCUUGCACAUCUAUCAUUCCAGUGUUAAUACUAAUUGUAAUUAUUUUGCACUAUAGCCUAUUUAUUGCCUUACCUCCAUAACUUGCUACAUUUGCACACACUGUAUAUAUAUUUUUUUCUGUUGUAUUUUUGACUUUGUUUUGUUUAUCCCAUAUGUAACUCUGUGUUGUUGUUUUUAUCGAACUGCUUUUCUUUAUCUUGGCCAGGUCGCAGUUGUAAAUGAGAACUUGUUCUCAACUGGCUUACCUGGUUAAAUAAAGGUGAAAAAAAAUAAAAAAAAUAAAGAGACUUGCCCAGAAAGACUCACAGCUAUAAUCGCUGCCAAAGGUGAUUCUAACAUUUAUUGACAAAGGGGUGUGAAUACUUAUGUAAAUGAUAUAUUUCUGUAUUUAAUUUUCAAUACAUUUGCAAACACUUCUAAAAACAUGUUUUCACUUUGUCGUUAUUGGGUAUUGUGUGUAAAUGGGUGAGAACUCCCCCCAUUUACAUCCAUUUAGAAUUCAGGCUGCAACAACACAACAAAAUGUGGGGUAUGAAUACUUUCUGAAGGCACUGUACUUGUAAGGUGAUCAUGCUGGCACCUCUUUCAGACAAACCAGAGAUGGAGCGCAGCAGUGUGAGAGCGGAGCCUAUCAGGGUUACUCCCUCUGGGUACUACUUCCAAGGGUCAUGGCGGGCGCUGGGUGGUGUCGCAAUGCAUCAGUUUAACGACUCCUCUGCCAUUACUCAGUGUCUGAAGGGCAAGGUGGUGUACAUGUACGGAGACUCCACUGCCAGACAGUGGUUCGAGUACCUCAAUGCCUUUGUACCAGGUGAGUGCUGUCUGCUAAAGCUCAAUGACAUCUCUCACUGUGCACUGUCUCGGGUGCUUUUUAACUCUCUCUUCUGUUUGUCCAACUCCCCAUUCAACUCCUUCCCUCUUUAUCACAGAGCUGAAGGAGUUCAACCUUCACAGUCCUAGGAAUGUGGGGCCCUUCAUGGCGGUGGACAGCACCCACAACAUCCUGCUGAGGUACCGCUGUCACGGUCCUCCAAUCCGUUUCUCUACUGUCAUCGCCAGUGAGAUGCGCUAUGUAGCUAACGAGCUGGACGGCCUGGCGGGGGGCCCAGAUACCGUGGUGGUCCUCAGCGUUUGGGCCCAUUUCAGCACCUACCCUGUAGAGGUCUACAUACGCAGACUACGCCACAUUCGACGGGCGGUGGUGCGGCUUCUGGACCGGGCUCCAGGGACCCUGAUAGUGGUGCGUUCAGCCAACCUCCAGGCCUUGGACCCGGAGGUGAGCCUGUACAAUAGUGACUGGUUCUCAGUGCAGCUGGACGGGGUGCUCAGGGCCAUGUUCAGGGGUCUGGAUGUCUUUCUGGUGGAUGCCUGGGAGAUGACCCUUGCUCACCACCUCCCCCAUGCCCUUCACCCGCCUCCAGUCAUUGUCAAGAACAUGAUAGACAAUAUCCUCUCUUAUGUAUGCCCAGAGAAGAGCUAGCCGAGGAAGG